UCGUCUGGCGGAACAGCGGGCACCGAGUCGUCUGGUGGAACAGCGGGCACCGAGUCAACUGGCGGAACAGCGGGCACCGAGUCGUCUGGCAAGACUGCGGGCACCGAGUCGUCUGGCAAGACUGCGGGCACCGAGUCGUCUGGCAAGACUGCGGGCACCGAAUCACCAGGCACGACAGUGGGCUCUGACUCAAUUGGCACGACAGCGGGCACCGGGUCAUCAGGUACCGGAUUGUCUGGCUCGACAGCGGGCAUCGGGUCACCAGGCAUCAGGUCAUUUGGCUCGCCAGCGGGCACCGCGUCAUCUGGCAAGGCAGUGGGCACCGAGUCACCAGGUACGACAGCGGGCUCUGAGUCAAUUGGCAAGACAGCGGGCACCGGAUCAGGUACCGGAUCAUCUGGAUCAACAGCGGGCAUCGAGUCAACUGGCCUAAUAGGAUCGUCAGGCUGGAUCAGUUCAUCAUGCUGGGUAGAGGCAUCAGGCUGAAUUCAGGCGUCCGGCUGAGUAGAGG